AACGAGAGAGAGAGAGAGAGAGAGAGAGGGAGGAAGAGAGAGAGAGAGAGAGAGAGUCUCAGAAUUUAUUUGUUUGUUUAUUUCUUUAAGAGGUGAGUUUAGGAGGUAAAAAAAAAACUGUCAUAAAAAGGAAGCCAAGAAAGAUAAACACAGAGAGAGAGAGAGAGAGAGAGAGAGAGAGAGCAAGAGAGAAAAAUCUUUGGAAAGCCAUUGAAGAAUAAAAAGAGAGAAAAAAAAGGGGGGGAAAAAAAAGAAAGAAAAGCAAAAGGCCAAGAAGAGUGGGGGAAUUUGAAAUGUUUGCAGCAGAGAAUGGACUCAGAGGAGACCCAAGGCUAGAGGCCAUUUCUGAAGCCAUUAGGGUCGUUCCUCACUUUCCUAAACAAGGAAUAAUGUUUCAAGAUAUAACGACGUUGUUGCUGGAUCCCAAGGCAUUUAAAGAUACGGUCGAUAUUUUUGUUGAUCGCUACAGAGACAUGGAUAUCUCUGUUGUUGCUGGGGUUGAAGCUAGAGGAUUCAUGUUUGGUCCUUCGAUUGCCUUAGCUAUUGGUGCCAAGUUUGUUCCUCUAAGUAAACCUAGGAAGUUGCCAGGCAAAGUUAUUUCAGAAGCAUAUGAACUGGAGUAUGGAACUGAUUGUUUGGAGAUGCAUAUUGGUGCUGUUCAGCCUGGGGAGCGUGCAUUGGUAAUUGAUGAUUUGAUAGCAACAGGUGGGACCUUCUCCGCUGCGAUAAGACUUCUAGAACGUGUGGGGGCAGAAGUGGUUGAAUGUGCAUGUGUUAUUGGGUUGCCCGAGGUUAAGGGACAGUGCAGGCUUAAUGGAAAGCCAAUCUAUAUUCUUGUGGAGCCCCGCGGAAUAGAUAAUUGUUGUUGAGAUUGGUUGCUUUGAUUCACAUGAUUGAACCAAUUCUACUACAUAUAAUCUCUUUUAUCCAUACCUGCAGAUACGUUUGAGUUGUGAGUGCUUGGGCUGACUUGCCGAAGAAAUGAUGCUUGAGCAAACGAGCCAUGAUAUAUAUAUAUAUAUAUAUAUAUAUUUCAAAGCUUCCGAUUACUUUAUUCUGGCUUAUGAGUCAAUUCCUUUAGGUUUACUGGGGAGUUCUUGGUUUUCAAGGCUCAUUUGUUGUAAUCUUUAUUUAUGUGGGAUCUUAUAUCAGUGUAGGCCAUUUAUGAAAAUUGACAGUUUUGAACAAAGAACAAACACUAUUUUUUUUCUU